AUGGCGCCGGAUGAUAGCCCUAAGGAAGAUGAAUUCUUAGGUGGCGCUGUCGACGCUGUAGCAGAAUUCAGGGAGAUUGGUCAUGUUUCGGAGUUCGAUGCCAGACUUGAACUCUCCGUUGGAGCGCUGGCGAGUGACACAAGCGCACUGGAUGCAAUCUGGCACCGUACAAAUUUCUCGCUUUGUCCCCUUCUGCCACAGCAAAGCGUAUUACUCGGGUUGCAGUUGUUCGUCACAGCGUCUUCACCCGGAAACGUAUCAUCGCAAACGUCGCGUCUGAAAACACGGAAUGCUUGCUCCAGAGCACGCUUCACGUUGAGCGCAACCUCCGCCGGUGUAGGGGACGUGCCUGGUAGAUGGCUGAUUGCUCGUGUCGGGAGCUCAUCGAAUGCAAGAAUGACCGGAGUAAAGCAGAAGAGAAGUAAGAGCCAUCGCGAGAGCGUGAUCAAAGACCUAGCCAUCGAUGAAGCGGAUAUGAUGAACAGUACCAGAGGUAACAAGGCUGAGGUACACGUCCUGAUCACGACUUGA